ACGUUCUCUGUUUCCAAUAAAAUCAUGGAUUUUAAAAAUAAAGUAGUAUUGAUUACUGGAGCAUCAUCUGGAAUCGGAGAAGCAACGGCAAAGUAUUUUGCCAAUCUUGGUGCAUUAUUGGCUUUAACCGGACGAAAUGUGGACAAUCUAACCAAGGUUGGAGCGGAAUGUGAAGCAAUUUCAGGAGGAAAACCACUCUUACUGGUUGCUGACGUAAUCAAACCAGAGGAUAAUAAGCGAGUCAUUGAUGAAAUUAUUGCCACACUUGGUAAACUAGAUGUGCUGGUCAAUAAUGCAGGCAUUAUUGCAAAUGGAUCGAUUGAGAAUACGAGUCUGGAACAGUAUGAUGAGGUAAUGAAUACGAACGUAAAAGCUGUGUAUCAUCUGACAAUGCUAGCUGUACCCCACUUGAUUAAAAGUAAAGGGAACAUUGUGAAUUUGAGCAGUGUAGCUGGAAAUAGGUCUUUUCCGGGGAUUUUAGCUUAUGGUAUGUCCAAAGCAGCAAUUGAUCAAUUCACGCGCUGUACGGCAUUAGAGUUAGCGGAAAAACAGGUUCGGGUAAAUGCUGUUAAUCCAGGAGUCAUAAUAACUGAUAUUCACAAGCGAGGAGGAAUGGAUGAAAAAACGUAUGAAGCUUUUCUUGAGAAAUGCAAACAGACCCAUGCAUUGGGACGUCCAGGUGUCCCGGAAGAAGUUGCGGCAACGAUAGCGUUCCUAGCAUCCGAUGCUGCCAGUUUCAUAACUGGAGUCACUUUGAAUGUAGAUGGCGGACGUCACGCUAUGUGCCCACGAUGAUUAUCUACUAAAUGUUGAUAGACCAAAUUGAUGUAUUCUCAAGUGCCUACAUGAAGCCCUGUUUCAUUUCUCUACUAGAUCGGAAAAUGUAUGUGUGCGUCAUAUUUUUUUCGGAGAUAGCAUUUAUUUGUUUGUACGAGAAGAGCACAUGUGACUCUAGGAGAAUGUUCUGGUUUUUUUAUAUUGAGUAAAACUAUGUUUAUCAUCAAUAUCCUGUCAUCAUCAAAAAUCGAACAAUGAAUUUAUGAUAACUGCGAUAAUAUAUAUAUAUGCAAGAAUAAAACCAGUUUUCCUGAAAUUUUUCACAGAAUAUCAAUGAAAUUCUUAAGUAGAUUUUUAGCCACUAGCUAGUUCAUCUCCAAAGACACACAGGAAACCUGUGAAAAAUCACCGAACUGUUGAGGUUUUGGUGAAAUUUCACAGAAAUCUGUGAAAUUUUUUAAUGUGUGUAGAAUUUCAAAAUUAUACUGUGUCACAAGAUCGUGUGUGGCUAAACUUUACGAGGCUUAGGUUUUUUAAAUAAAUUAUACUAGAAGAAAAUCUUUUAAAACAAAUCCUGGGAAAUGUUACAAGAUCCCACAAUAUGAAAUUAAAUGAAAAAAAAAGAAUAUUGGUAAACUUAAACUUAUAAGAACAUUGACUUUGUCGAAAAAAAAACUUGAGCAUACCUGACAAUGCAAAUAAUAAAAUGAACUGGUUAAGAUUUAGUUUGUUGAUUCAGGAACCUUCUUAGAGCGUUAGGUUAAACUUUACUGAAGGGUUUACAUAAUCGUUCCUUAAAAUGUUCGUAGAGUAGCCAGCAUCGUGAACUGUAUAGCAGUCGAUAAAACUCCUGUUUGAAUACUUGAAAUUUGCAUCAUGGAACAAAUAAAACAAUAUUUAAAAACAUAUUUUUUUUUAUUUUGCAAUACAAUGUAGAAUGCAUACUAUUGAUGUUUUGUGUUGUAUAAUGAUUCUUUUUGUAGAUUCAAACCAAUUAAUUUGUGUAAGUUAUUUUAUUUUAUUGUUAUCUUCAUCUUUGCAUUGAUUUCAACAAAUCUUUUGCACGGACAUACAUACUUAAGAUUAAAGUUGUAAUUUUGAAGAGGGAGCUGACGAAAUGCGUGUGGUUCAUUUAUGCUUAAGUUCCUUUUUUUGGUGAUCUCGAUGCAAUUUUCCAAUUCAUAUUUUGCAAACUUGGUACCGAAUAUUGUUGCAUAAUUAUUCACUAUAGAU